GUUAGAAUCCCAACACAAAUACUCGAGAACCGUCGACACAUUUCCAACCGCCUCCUUCAAGAGUCUGUAUAUAAACGGCGAGAAAUUGACGAGUCCAACCAAAGCCACCUGCGACAAAAAGCAAAUAGCCCGAUUUCUCGCGAGAAGAUAAAAUGUUCUUCUUCUUCGUCGGUGGUGUCGAGCCGCGGGUCUCCCAAAUCAUAAAGUCCGGCAUCCAGCGCUGCAUCCGCUGCGGGUCACCAGCAGAUCUCGUCGAGUACGAGAAAGUCCUCAAGCUUUUCUUCGUCCCCGUUUACCGGUGGCCCGCAAAAGAGCCCGUGAUCUACUGCAAUAGGUGCUCUCUCAUUCUUCCGCAGCCCCCUUUCUCUCUUCCUCGGGAUGGAGAGUCUUCUGAAACUUCCUCGGCUAUGGUGUCCGACGUACUACGAUGCCAUUCGUGCGCCCGCGUCGUCGAUCCCGAAUUCCGGUUUUGCCCCUACUGCGGCUCUGAACUGUGAGGGUAAUUGCGUAAUUUGUGUAGGGUUUUUUGUUUCGAUCUGUUUCUUGAAUUUUAUGUUUGUUGAGAUGUAGAGGCUUUUUAAACCCUAAAUCCUUUUUAUGUGAAUAUGAUGUAGAGAGAGAUGCUGAA